AUGGGUUUGAGUCUGCAGAGCAUGCUGGAUUUGGUGGCAACUGGGAUCUCUGUAAUGAUAGGUCUCGGCAUCUUCACCUUCGUUGCUUCCAUCCUCUGCUCCGCUGCCUUCAUCCAAAAUGUCAAAUCCGUGUAA